CUUGAAUUUCAUAAAUAUGUUACAUAUUUUUUAAUAUUUUUUUUUGCUCCUUAUAUAGAUUAGGCAUGGGGAAGCUGUUGGAAUAAUUGGGCCCUCUGGCACUGGUAAAUCUACUAUUUUAAAGAUCAUGGCUGGGCUUCUUACUCCAGACAAGGGCGAGGUUUUCAUUCGAGGAAGAAGAAGACAUGGUUUAAUCAGCGAUGAUGAGAUAUCUGGCCUUCGAAUUGGCAUGGUGUUUCAGAGUGCAGCACUUUUUGAUUCUUUAACUGUUCGCGAAAAUGUCGGUUUCCUUUUGUAUGAGAAUUCCAGCAUGUCUGAGAAUCAAAUCGCUACCCUUGUUUCACAAACUUUGGCUGCUGUUGGAUUGAAGGGAGUUGAGGAUCGAUUACCUUCCGAGUUGUCAGGUGGAAUGAAGAAAAGAGUUGCACUAGCUCGCUCCAUAAUUUUUGACACCACAAAGGAUGUAAUUGAGCCGGAGGUAUGUGUUUUAGCUGCAAUCCCCAUGAUUUUGUUAUUUGAUUUAAGGAGAGAUCACUUAUAUUUAACCCAGUAUAGAGGAUGGGAAGAAGAACUCGUGAAUUCCUAGGCCACUGGGUUAACC